AUGUUUCGCCCCGCCGCACGAGCGCUUGCCCGCGCGCCUGUUGUCGCGGCCCGUAGCCCGGCAAGCACUCGAUUGAUAAGCACCGCUGGUCCGACCUCAAAAUCGAGAAGCUGGAAAAGCACCGCUGUCCGGUUAGGACUGGCGGGUGGUGCUAUCUACUACUACAACACGAGCAGUACUUUCGCUCAGGAGCCAUCCUUCUCCCUCCUCGGCCAAUCGAGGAAAGAAACCUCCGACAACUCCUCCCUCCCCACCCUCGACUCUAUCACCCCCAAGAUCCGUGAAGAGAACGUCGCCGCCCGGCCUCAGCCCAAGUCCGAUGCGCCUGCCCCCAAUGCGCCCGCCCCCGAUGCCGCUGCUGUGGAGGUGAACCCCCAAGUGGGAAUUGAUUCCGAGGAGCCCCCUGAGUCAGCUGCGUUCAACCCGGAGACUGGCGAGAUCAACUGGGACUGCCCUUGCCUGGGUGGCAUGGCCCACGGCCCUUGUGGAGAGGAAUUCAGGGCAGCGUUCUCCUGCUUCGUGUACUCGAACGAGGAGCCUAAGGGCAUCGAAUGCAUUGAGAAGUUCAAGGGUAUGCAAGACUGCUUCCGGCAACACCCUGACGUGUACGGUGCCGAGUUGGAAGAUGACGAGGCUGAGGGUGAUGCUCCUGCCCCCGCCACCAACGCUGAAGGCGAGCUCGCUCCGCGUCAAGACCAGAAGGACGAGCUCGCUGAAGGCGACAGCCUGGUGCCCAAGGCCCAUUUUGAGGCCGAGCAGCCGCCCAAGGAGGCUAAAUGA